AGAGUUUUAUUACAUUUAUUAAUCAUCAAAAUUAAUAAUAAUUAAAUAAAAAUGGCCUGAAAUCGAUAUUACUACCUAUAAUACUGAGAUGGCCAUAGCGGAAACAAUUGACUAACUACAAUUGUUGACUAAACGUCAGAGAAACUAUAAGGUUUUGUGUUUUCGGUGAUUAAAAGUUAAAAAAGGAAAGUAAAAUGGAGCAAAAACCUUUAUUUGUUCAUGUUAUUUUAAGACCGGCUGCACCUAUGAUUGAUCAAGAUGCUUUGAACAUCUUCUUGGGGUUUGUCUCAAGAGCUCUUAGAAGGGAUAUUGCUCAAAUAAUGGAAAAACAUGAGAAGGACAAGAGAGACGGAAAUACUGGUAGAUCUAACAAGAGGAAAAGAUUACAAACGCCAUUAAACGUAGAGACUUUUGCUCAAAUAGACGUUUCUGCAAGUGCAAUACAGCCAAAUGGCGGUACAUUGUUUUAUAUAAACAAAUAUGAAAUUGAUGCUGCGGUAUUAACUGGCGAACGUGGAGACGAAGGUGAAGCUGUCGAGCCACAACCUAAACGGCUUUGUCCUAUUCUAAUGCAGCCUAAGAAGGAAGAACCCGAAGAUUAAAAACUUCCUGUUUACUUAUCUUUGUUCAAUUUCGUUUACUUAUU